AGGGAAAUCAUUUCUAUUAUCAGCAUUGUAACACAAAAAUGUUGGCUAAAAUAAUUCUUCUGGGUUGUUGUACAUUCCUUGCGAAUGGAGCACUGGUGAAAAUUGAAGAAUUCGGUGGGGAACCUGAACUGCCAUUAUAUUAUUUUGGAGAGAGUGCUUACUACUUUCAGACAUUUUCCAAGGCAACACAAGAACAGGGUUUGCUUUUUUGUAAAAACCUAGACAUGGGAUUGGUGAGCAUUGAAAGCAAACAAGAAAACGACUUUUUGUUCAAUACCAUUGGAUCUCUGGUUGAUUAUACGACAAGUGAUUUUUGGACUUCUGGAUUGAGAAGCGGAGAUAUUUGGUAUUGGGAAACUACUGGAAAACCAUUCUCUUUCACGCGUUGGUCGAAGAAUGAACCUUCAGACAAUGGAACUUGCCUUGAGGUGACUCAGGAUUCUUCUGAUAUCUCCAUGUCAUGGAAUCGUGCCGAUUGCACCAAGAACAACUACAUAAUUUGCGAAGGUGAUGGUAACCAAACUACAACAAAACCUGAUUCUUCAUAAUUCAAUUAGUGUUCCAUCAGUUUAUGUUAUCCAUACUGAAUAAUUUCUCAAAAGUACUAAUAUAUCUCUCGAACUGAAUCAAAAUAUAUUCUCUAUCAAAUCCUCGCUUACAUAAGUUAAGUUUUUGAUAUAGAAUGAUAAUUUUUUAAUGAUACUGUAUUAUGAAAUUGAUGAAAUGGCAGUAAACAGAAUGAAAAAA